GCCUCGUGUGAACCCACCUUUAUCGUUAUCAUAACGUGUUAGUCAUUCUGUCACUGAGUGUGCCGAUUCAUUAGUAUUCGUUCUUUGUUUUAAGAGGAAAGAAGGAUUAACGAUUGUCAGCGAGUGAUUCACUUUGAAGAAAACUCUUACAGGCCUUAUUUUUAUUUAUUUUCUUAUUUAAUCUCUUUAAGAAAAUUUGUAAUAAUUUUUUUCGUUUACUUAAAACUGUUGUUUUUAAGAUAGUGCUAAUUAGGGUUAAUAGUAAACGUACUAAUUAGGGUUAAGAGUAAACGAGGAGUUUGAUUAGUGUUAUUUGAUAUUUUGUUUUUUCAUGUAAUAAGUGUAUCUAAAUUUAAUUGCAUAGCCUUAAAUAUUUAUUUCUCAUUGAUUGUUUGUCAUAUUUUUUUGUUUAAUUAUAGUGUUAAUUAGGGUUAAAUAGUGAGAGGAAUUUUACUAGUGCUUUUGUCAUUUUAUUUAUUGUCAUUCAUAAAUUUUUUUGAGUACAUUGUAUAGAAAUGUUUUUUAGUGACUAGUUAUUUAUUGUCUUACAGUAGAAAGUGUAUCAUUCAUGUGGUAGCUAGUAGAAUUUGGAAAUAUCUCAGUAUUGUAUUGACUUUGCUCUAUUUGAUCUUGGAUUAGCUUAUCUGUGUGCAUAUUAUUCAGAUAUUUAUUGCUAUUAGUCAUUUGUUAUAAGGAAAUCAGUUUAGAAUAUAUAACUGUGUCACAAUGAAUAUUCUUUUGAUUGGAGAUUCGAUGAUUAAACGCUUGGAAGAGCAUUUAUCUGAGGAUUUGGAUGUUAUUUUUUACCGAGGAACAACCAUUGAGAGGUUAACCAGUAGAAUUUCUAAAAUAAAGAAACACUAUGAUUGGAUUUUAGUGCAUGUGGGCACCAAUAACAUAUCAGUUGAUAGUGUAGAAAUAAUACUUCAAAAGUAUAGGUCACUGGCUAAUGAGAUUUUACGAGUCAAUCCAAAGGCAAGAAUUAUUUUCUCCAGUAUCAUUCCUAGAGAUUUUAAUUACUUUGAAAAUGAUUACUGGAAAACUGUUGAACAUAUAAAAAUCUUAAAACAUAAGAUUGUAGCUGUAAAUAAAGCAUUAGAAAAGUUGUGCCAUAAUGAAGAUGCUUUUAUCUUUUGCAGUUCUAACAAGCCAUCCUGGUCUGGUUUCCUGGGAAAAGAUGGUUUACAUCCUAAUAAAAGUGGUGAUCUUCGCUUGGCCAAUUAUUUCUGUAGGUUUUUAAAGAAAUGCAUUUCUUCAGAUAAUGCAUCUCGAAAGAGGAAAAAUUGCCAGUUGAUCACCUCGGGAUAUAUUUUGGAUUCUUUGGAGUUUCCUCCAUUGCCUUCCUGUGAUCAGCCUUCAUUUUCAUCAUCAUGGCCACAUGGUGCUGCUGUGCCUUGUAGCGAGGUACCAACUUUUGUUGACCCAGUUCCUUCAUAUGUUUCUUCUUUUCCAUCAGCUUCUCAAAAGGAUCAAAAAUGCCAAUCAGUUGCUCCUAAAUUCAUUUUGGAUUCUACUGAGUUUCCUGCAUUGUCUUCCUCAAGGCAAUCUUCAUUUUUAUCAUCUUGGUCUAAACAUCCUGCUUCUUGGCCUUUGGCACGACCAUCUGUUUCAGCUUGUGCAGUCUCAACCGCUUCUUGCUCUCUCCCACCCUCUCCGCCUGUGCCUCGCUCUCUCCCAGCCUCUCUGCCUGUGCCUCGCUCUCUCCCAGCCUCUCUGCCUGUGCCUCGCUCUCUCCCAGCCUCUCUGCCUGUGCCUCGCUCUCUCCCAGCCUCUCUGCCUGUGCCUCGCUCUCUCCCAGCCUCUCUGCCUGUGCCUCCUACUCUCCCAGCCUCUCUGCCUGUGCCUCCUACUCUCCCAGCCUCUCUGCCUGUGCCUCCUACUCUCCCAGCCUCUCUGCCUGUGCCUCCUACUGGUCAUGUUCAAUUUCUUAUACCUAUUGUUUCUUAUAUGCCUAUGGUUCAGUUCGUGCCAUUCCAUUCUGUUGCUGUGUCCUAUCCUCCAUUUUAUGUACCUGUUGUUCCACCAUUUCUACCUGCUGCUGUUUCCUCUCUUCCAACAUGCAGUCAGUCAGUUGUUGCAUGCACUCUGCAAACCCACUCUGAACCAGAACCUGCUCGCACAUCCCCAGUCCACUCUAAACCAGAACCUGCUCGCACAUCUCCAGUCCACUCUGAACCAGAACCUGCUCGCACAUCUCCAGUCCACUCUGAACCAGAACCUGCUCGCACAUCUCCAGUCCACUCUGAACCAGAACCUGCUCGCGCAUCUCCAGUCCACUCUGAACCAGAAGCUUCUCGCAUUUCCCCAGCCCAGUGUCGGCCAGCAUGUCCUUCUAACAAACUUGGAAAGGAUGAGUAUGGUCAAGGUUAUCCAGUUGCACAUUUUAUCACUAAUGAUUUAGAUUAA